ACAUGUGUAUCAUUUAUAUUGACCAUGUGCACAUGGGGAUGGGAGCAGCUAGAAGUUGCAGACUUCUGUCUUUAAAAAAGAAAAGCAAAGGUCUCAUCUUUGGCCAAGGCACAAAUCUUGAGCAUCUUUUGCUAGCUCUUUCUCUGUAGAUUUGAAGCCUAUCUUUGGUUCCACUAGUUAAAGAUGGUGGAAGUGACAAGCUGGGUAUGGAGUUUAGUGGUGGUUUUGUUGACAGUAUUGGCAAAUGGAGAAGACCCUUAUAGAUUUUUUACUUGGAAUGUUACUUAUGGUGAUAUUUACCCUCUUGGCGUUAAACAACAGGGGAUUUUGAUAAAUGGACAAUUUCCAGGACCACAGAUUGAGGCGGUCACCAAUGACAAUGUGAUUGUGAGUGUUACUAACAGUUUGGACGAACCCUUCCUCAUUUCUUGGAAUGGAAUACAGCAGAGAAGAAACUCAUGGCAGGAUGGCGUCUAUGGCACCAAUUGCCCCAUCCCUCCUGGCCAAAAUUUCACUUACAUUCUUCAAUUCAAAGAUCAGAUUGGGAGCUUCUUUUACUUCCCUUCCCUUGCCUUCCACAAGGCUGCAGGCGGCUUUGGUGGCAUCAAAAUCUAUAGCCGUCCUAGAAUUCCUGUUCCUUUCCCUCCACCUGCGGGAGAUUUCACCAUUCUCACCGGUGAUUGGUUCAAACAGAACCACACUGAUCUGAAAGCAAUAUUAGAUGGUGGACAUGAUCUUCCUUUUCCUGAUGGACUUCUAAUUAAUGGUCGUGGAUCAAAUGCAUUCACAUUCACAGUAGAUCAAGGCAAGACUUACAGAUUGAGAAUAUCAAAUGUCGGGCUUACCGCUUCAAUCAAUUUCAGAAUUCAGGGACACAAGAUGCUAUUGGUUGAAGCAGAAGGGACCCAUACUCUCCAAAAUACUUACUCCUCACUUGACAUCCAUUUAGGGCAAUCCUACUCUGUAUUGGUUACAGCUGAUCAACCGGCGCAAGAUUACUAUAUUGUUGUUUCAACUCGUUUCACCUCUCCAGUGCUCACAGCAACAUCCAUUCUUCAUUACAGUAACUCAGCAGGAAGUGUGUCUGGUCCUCCACCAGGUGGCCCGACAAUUCAGAUUGAUUGGUCCCUUAACCAAGCUCGGUCUAUUAGACAAAAUUUGACAGCCAGUGGACCAAGGCCUAAUCCUCAAGGCUCUUAUCACUAUGGGUUGGUUAACACUACACGUACGAUAAGACUAGCCAAUUCUGCGCCAAUCAUCAACGGUAAACAGAGAUAUGCUGUGAAUAGCGUCUCGUUUAUUCCUGCGGACACCCCACUUAAGCUGGCAGAUUACUUUAACAUUCAGGGAGUUUUUAGUCCAGGAACUAUUUCUCCAAACCCCACCGGCGGUGGUGGUUAUCUCCAGACUUCUGUCAUGGCUGCUGAUUUUAGAAGUUUUGCCGAAGUUAUAUUUGAGAAUUCAGAAGACACCGUGCAGUCAUGGCACAUUGAUGGGCACUUCUUCUUUGUUGUGGGGAUGGAUGGUGGGCAAUGGUCAGAUUCUAGUAGAUUAAGUUACAACUUGAGAGACACGAUCUCUCGGUGCACUGUCCAGGUAUAUCCAAAGUCAUGGACUGCACUUUACAUGCCAAUGGACAAUGUUGGAAUGUGGAACAUUAGGUCUGAAAACUGGGCUCGCCAGUACUUAGGCCAGCAAUUCUAUCUUCGGGUUUAUUCACCUGCAAAUUCAUGGAGAGACGAAUAUCCUAUUCCCAAGAAUGCUCUUGUCUGCGGCCGUGCAUCUGGACGCAAGACUAGGCCUCUUUAGAAAACAUAAAACAAGUUUUGAAUUAUUCAAGAACCCUAUUUUAUUCAUAGGAACCGCCACGAAAGGGUGACUGGUUCAGUUUAUUAUGCGACUACAACAUGAUUCCAGAGAAAAUAUGCAGCGGCUUAGAAGCUCUACUUGAGCUUCUCUUUAGUUAACAUUUACUUUGUUAGAAACAUAAUUAAACUGGUUUCUCUCCAUUGCAAAAUGUAACCUUGUUUUUAUUACA